GGGCGGUGACCGGGCUCCAGAGCCUCUCUGCGCUCUGGGGCAGGGCAGAUCUAAAUUGGGAGCAGCUGUGGACAGAGGGUCUUCACGAUGAGACCGGCUCUCGCCUUGUGUCUCCUCUGUCAGGCGUUCUGGCCCAGGCCUGGUGGUGGCGAGCACCCUACCGCCGACCGCGCGGGUUGCUCAGCCUCUGGGGCUUGCUACAGUCUACACCACGCUACCAUCAAGCGGCUGGCGGCCGAGGAGGCCUGCAACCUGCGCGGCGGGUCUCUCAGCACAGUGCAUGGUGGUGCUGAGCUGCGUGCAGUGCUCGCGCUCCUAAGGGCAGGCCCCGGGCCUGGAGGAGGCUCCAAAGACCUUCUGUUCUGGGUCGCCUUGGAGCGCAGACGUUCCAACUGCACCCUGGAGAACGAGCCAUUGAGGAGUUUCUCCUGGUUGUCCCCCGACUCCGGAGAGUCCGAAAAUGACACGCUGCCGUGGGUGGAGGAGCCACAACUCUCUUGUACUGUGCGGAGUUGCGCGGGACUCCAGGCCACCGGUGGGGUGGAGCCCGCGGGCUGGAAGGAGAUGCGUUGCCACUCGCGCGCCAAUGGCUACCUGUGCAAGUACAAGUUUGAGAGUUUGUGCCCUGCGCCGCGCCCCGGGGCUGCGUCUAACUUGAGCUAUCGUGCUCCCUUCCAGAUGUACAGCUCCUCUUUGGACUUCAGUCCUCCUGGGACCAAGGUGAGUGCACGCUGCCCGGGGGAGCUCUCCAUCUCAGGCACCUGCGUCGAGGAAGAGAAUGGCGCUCAUUGGGAAGGGCUCCCCACUGGGGCGGUGCUCUGUCCCUGCCCCGGGAGGUAUCUCCGUGCCGGCAGAUGCUCAGAGCUCCCUAACUGCCUAGAUGACUUGGGAAACUUUGCCUGUGAAUGUGCUGCAGGCUUCCAGUUGGGGAAAGACGGACGCUCUUGUGUGACAAAGUGGGAAGGACAGCCUACCUCUGGGGGAACCACGGGGCUCACCAGGCUCCAGCUGUUCACUGAAGCCAGCCCAGUGCCAAAGAGACCGUCGUCACCCCCAGUCCGUGAGAAGCCAGGAGAGAUACCCCAUGUCAGUGGAAAAGACAGUUCUGCAACAUCUGUUUCUGAGAUUCUUCAGUGGGGAACACAGAGCACCAUAUCGACCCUUCAAAUGUCCCCUGGAAUCAAGUCAAAGGCCACCAUCACCCCAUCAGGAAGCGUGACCUCCACGUUUAAUUCCACAUCUUCCUCUCUCAUUCCCCAUACUUUGGACUCCUCAUCCACCGUGGUCUUCAUACUCGUGAGCAUAGCAGUGGUAGUAUUGGUGAUCUUGACUAUGACAGUGCUGGGGCUUUUCAAACUCUGCUUUCACAAGAGCCCUCAGUCCUCAUCAAGGAAAGGGCCUUUGGCCCCGGGGGGCAAGGAGACUGAUGCUGAGACCGCUACUUUGCGUUCCGGUUCUGCACAUUGCACAGACAAUGGGGUGAAGGUCGGGAACUCUGGUGUGCUGGACAGAGCAGAGGGCGCCUCGCUGGCAGGGUCCUCCCUUGGCUCUAGCAACACGUAGGGAAACAAGUCAUGGACACUCCUUGUGAACAUCCUUUCGCAAUUUCAAGGAAAAGGGAAAAGAGGAACUUACUUGUGAGAUGGCGAGUUCUACAGAAAUUCCCCUUCAAAUUUCCUCUAUGCCACCAAGGAACUCAUCUGAACAGCACACCCAUUCCCGGAAAGUGGAUGAGGUGGAAGUGUCUUAGUGUGGUACUGGUGGGCAGGGUGGUACGGGGUGUGUGUGUGGGGGGGGGGGGGGAGGACAGUAUUUUCUUAUGUUCUGGAGAAUUUAGAGAAGUAACAGAACAUUUCAAGACACUGGAAGCAAAUAGAAAACAAUACAUUUUUAAAGGUUAUUUUUUAUCAAAAUAGGAAGGAAAUCUGUCUAUAUUGUUCAGCUGGGAACAUUACUGAUUUGAAAUUCCCAGUUAAAAAAAUAAAUAAAUAAAAGAUUGUUGAUAA